UAGGUUGUUACAAAAGUCUGCACUAAAAUUUAUAGGAUUGCCUCGUCUGCUAUUACAACCCCACAAACAGUAAUCAAACCCUUCACCACACACAACCUUCAAGUAAUUUCCGCUGUUCUUCUUGUUUAUAACUAUUGGUCCUUUUUUUUCACAGAUAGAUAAUAUCAUAAAUAGGCAUUAGAUAUAGACAUCAAAUAAAAGACAUGCUCACUUCUUCUCCACUUCACAGCCAUUUCCUUCCAAUAAACCCCUCCAAGUCACCAAUUUCCUUAGACUUGCACACCAACAAUAUUAUCCUCUUGUUAUCCUUCAGAUUGAUUUCUCUUCUAGCACCUAGAUCAAAGGGCUAAAAUUUGCUGCUUUUUUUUUUCUUUGUUCAUCGUUUGAUCUUAUAUAUUGCUUUUCUGGUUAUUAGAGCUUUUAUCAAGGGGUGAAUUUAAGAUAUGGGUUUGAGUUCUAAGCAGGUUUCAAGCAGUGGACUUGAUUGGAAACAAACCUUAUUGGAAGCUCAAAACUUGGAGCUUCCAAAGCCUCAUCUGAUGAGGAAACAACAGCAACAAACUCAGCAAUCAGAGUCUUUGAAGUGCCCAAGAUGUGACUCUACAAACACCAAAUUUUGUUACUACAACAACUACAACAAAUCUCAGCCUCGCCAUUUCUGCAGGGCUUGCAAGAGGCACUGGACUAAAGGUGGAACUCUACGAAAUGUUCCAGUUGGUGGUGGCAGGAAGAAUAAGAGGGUCAAAAAAUCAAUCACCCCAACAUCAACAUCUUCCACCACCGCAACACCAACCACAACCUCUACUUGCACCACCACCUCAAUUGGCAACAUGGAUGGUAUCUUGAAUACCCAAAUAACAAUUCAAACUCCUCUAUCACUGAGUGAUCACAAAAGCAUGCCUUCCUCUCUCUACCAAGCUCUAAUUCGUCCACGACCUUUGCUGCUACAACAGAAUCCGAUGAACACCAGAGACUUACAAAGCAAAGAGUUUGGUAUUGGUAAUGCUAAUAAUGGUAAUGGUAAUGGCAUCUUUCUGAGCUCAACUUUGCCUCUAAUUCCUCCUCAAAUCCAAAGCCUACCCUUCCCUAUCUCAACCACAAUCUCCUCUUUUGACACAAACCCUUGUUCAGUGUCAACAUCUCUGACAUCCUCCAAUGUUUAUAACUAUGGAGAAGUGUUCAAAACAAUGGAGGAACCAACCAUGAACAGCAUAAUGCCUAGCACUGGCUGCACUAACACACAUCCAUGGGAGAUACCAGCAACAAGUGGUGGCAUGGGAACUUCAAACUAUUGGAAUUGGGAGGACAUUGAUUCGUUGGUCUCAACUGAUCUAAAAGAUCCCUGGGAUGAUUCUGAUAUCAAACCUUGAGAUCCAAAAGAAAAGAAAAAAGCAACAUAUAUAUGGUAGUGUUGUCCAUAGAUUAGUUUAUUUAAUUUAAUUGGGUUGUUUUGUGUUUCAUACAGGUUAUUAGUAAGUGUUCUUGUUUAAAUCUGUGCUGCUAUUUUCUGCACCUGUUAAUUCUUACAAAGAGCAGUUUUUGGAGCUGUCAUGUUUUAGUUUCAGCUUCAGCUUCAAGCAACCGGUCUCAAAUUUCUAAUUAGCUGUAACCUCUCUGUUUGCCUCUUUGUUCAUUUCUCUAUCAUUUCCUCUAAUCUCUAAUAAAAUGGUGUAUUAAUGUAUGCAUAGUAGUCUAGAGUUAUUUAUCAAUAUAGGAUUUUGUGAGUGCUUUGUGAUGUGGGUGAUUAUAAAUAUGGGGUAUGCUAGCUAUAGCACUGUUGAACUGACAGAAUGUGAUGGAAGAUUCUUUGGAUAUGUAUAUAUGUUGGAAUGAUAUUAUCAUACAAAUGUCAUUGCUUGUGAUUCAUCACCACCACCACUCCUGAGAAUCAUUCUUUAAUCUUGAGACUGAAAGAAUUUUGGUUGCACAGUUGUUUAUUAUAUUAUUCUAUUCCCUCUGGAUCAUUUCUAUGGGGACUUUUAUUUUAGUUCACAUGGUGUUUUCAUCUUUGUUCCAAUGUAAUAGAAUAGUCAAUAGUGUACGGUAUCUGGGGCCACCAUAUUUUCAAGGCUUGUUUCUGAUUGUCGUUUCUUCUAUUAUUAAAG